UGGAAACGAAUUGGGCCCAACCCAACCCACGCAACCACACACACUACUCGAAGGUAUCCUUUCGUCAGUGUUGCAUCUAUGCGCUGUCACUACCAACACAAGCCACCAUCUCCCUCUCCCUAGAUUUUCCUAAUCUCACGCCCCGUUCACCCUCACCCUCAUCGUCAAACUCUAUAUAAGGAUAACCACCAUCCCCGAAAGGCCACUCUUUCCUUUUAGGGUUUUCCUUUUUCAAAUCUCUCCCCCUCUUUCUUCUCUCUCCGCUCCGAGUGAUUUGUUAUAGAGAGGCGACGCGGUCCUUCGUUAAUGAUUUUGAUUUUUCUUUUCUCAUAUUAACCCAUCUCUUAUGCACCUGAGUGUGUUUUAACUUUGAUUCUGGAUUUAAUAUGAAGCGCGCAAGGAAAUCUAACCGGGUUUCGUGGGCCACUGGAGGGAACCUGUGUCAGCUGGUGGGGGGUAGUGGCUGUAUUUGUGGCUGAUUAGGUGUUGAUGGUGGAGUUUUUUCAAUGUUCCAAGGUUGAGGAAUUGGGUGAUUUGGGGACGACAGAUGAAAAUUUAUGUAAGAGUGCAACAAGUUUGGUUUAAUGGAAAUCAUUUUUGGUGAAAUUGUUUUUGUCGGACGAUUCCCCCUCAAAAGUAGGCCAACAUUCGCAAGAUCAUCUUCAAGUAAAGACAUCUAUGCUAAAUUCAAAUUCCACUAUUAAUGAUCCUAACGAUUUACCCCCUGGGUUUGAAAGCAGUCAUUUCCUAAAACAAACAAGGGUUGAUUUCUCCUGCAUUUCCCAGAUAAAAUGGGAAUGUCCUCUGCCGUUUGUUGUCAAUCCUGAUUGGCGAGUUGUAGCGGGUGAAGAAAGUAGGGAGAAAGAAAAUCAGAAAGCGAGAGAAAAUAGGGUGCUUGAAGCUGUUUAUCCCCGUCUUUCAGCCAUUCCUCCGAGCCCUUCUGUCUCUUUGGACGUAGAAGAGGAAGACUAUGAUGAUGACUUUACUCCCCUCAUCCCUAUCAUUCCAAUUGAAGAUGAAGAAUCUGUGGAUAUUUUUCCUGAAGAGGCAGUAGCUGGGAACCCUUUCCCCAAUGUGCAGCCGAAUAACUCUCUGCAAUAUAUAUCUGCUGAAACUUCUAUUCGUUCACCCUCAAACGCCUUUUAUACUGAUUCCUCGGAUCCCUGUACAGGGAUCCCCUUGGGUGGGGUAUCUUUCGGUAUGGAAGCUGAUUUGGCAGCUUCGGUUGUUGCAACCAUUAUGAGGAGCUCUGAGCAGGGAUCCCCGAUUGAUAUGGAUUUACUGGUUAAAAUAUUUAAUGAUCCAAAAAUGCUCGACAAGUUGAUUAAUGAACAUUCUGCAGCAACCACCACAAGUGCUUACACAAGUACUGGGGAUUCCACUCCUGGUGUUAAGCCUGCCGCCACUCCAGUUAUGUUGUCUACGUCUACUGAUGUGAAAGCUUCUGGGGCUACACCUACAAGUGGAGUGGGUUCAUUGCCUUUUGGUCUGAAAACUGCAUAUCCAUCAGUUUCAGUAUUGAGUCCUACACCUGACAAGCCAGCCACUCUGCCAGUGCCUGCAGCUCCAUCAGUCUCACCGUUCUCUCCGGCUCAUGAUAAUCCAGUUACUGCACCAGUUCCAUUGUCUAGGCCUUUAUCUGGUAAGCCAGGAAUACCCUCAGUUUCAUUGCUCACAACUACACAUGCAUCUCAUAUACCCAGGUCUGUUAGCAAACAAAUUCACCAUGUGUCAAGUGGUAUUUCCCCUACAUUAAAUACUCAGCCUCAGCAAGAUUCAGCUCUGGCAUCUGGGCCAAAGCGAGCCGCUGCAAUGGCCGGUGAAUUAAGCACUGGUCCAGUGCCAUCUCUUACCAGGAAUCUGCAUGCUGUUGUUAAUCCGGUGCAAUCCCCUGCUAGUACAUUGCCUUAUAAACUAAGCACAGGUUCAUCAGCAUUUGCUGUAAAGGAUGCCAACUACUAUAAAAACCUCAUCAGGCAACAUGGGGCAGAUAAGCAAGAUAUGCAGGACUCACACAUAGGUAUUCGUCAUAGUAAUCUCCAAGAUUUGAAACCGGUACAUAACUUUAAACAAGGAGAAGUGAAACACAAAAUCCAGAAACCAUGCAUAUAUUUUAAAAGCUCAAAAGGGUGCCGAAAUGGUUCCAAUUGCCCCUAUCAGCAUGAUGUUUCAGCUCAGUGGGGAGCUGGUAACAUCCUAGGGGCACAGAGUGCAAAAAGAUUGAAAUUGGGACCAUAGUUUUAGGGAAGAACAAAAUCUUAAGCGGCAUAUUUUAACGGUAAAAAUUAAAAGGCUUCUUUUGUUUCACCGUAAAGAACAUGCACAUACAGAGAGGGGAAGAGAGUAAAAAGUGGGACAUUGGUUUGAUUAGCUUACCAAGUUUUCUGGGAGUGUUUUGGUGGCCAUUUUACUUAAAUUUUGGGCCUGCAGAACUUUCAUACAAUUAGGGUGGAGGGUUUUAUGGUUCUUUGAUGGGGUUUUAUUGACGAAAUUAGUGUUUUGGUCAAAAUGGUAUUUUCGUUUUUGCAGGUUGGAGAGAAUUGUUCAGUCUCAGUCAAGUGGUGGCCAUCCGUGGAGUUCUUUGGCGGAUGGCGCCAAGCCAGAAAUAAUUAUUUCACUCCAUAAUAAGAAAUCAUGAAAUACAAUAAAAUAAUACCAAGAUUUUAACUAUAAA